CUCUGGCUCCGAGGCUGGUGGAGUGCCGUGGCAGUGACUGCUCGGCGGGCUCGGCGCCUCCUCUCCUGCGGGCGGCUUCCUUGCGCGCUGCCCACGGCGCCCGGCCGCACCCGGACACACGCGGGCGGCUCGGGGAUGGCCCGCGCUCCGCGACGUGGCGGGCGGGCACGGGGGCGCGGGACUACGCGGCCCGAGUGAGCCGGGGCCGCCCGGGAUGGCCGUGCCGCCGCUCUGCCGGGCGCUGCUGCUGUGGCAGCUGCUGGCGGCGGGCAGCGCGGCGCUGGAGAUCGGCCGCUUCGACCCGGAGCGCGGGCGCGGGCCGGCGCCGUGCCAGGCGGUGGAGAUCCCCAUGUGCCGCGGCAUCGGCUACAACCUAACCCGCAUGCCCAACCUGCUGGGCCACACGUCGCAGGGCGAGGCGGCCGCCGAGCUGGCCGAGUUCGCGCCGCUCGUGCAGUACGGCUGCCACAGCCACCUGCGCUUCUUCCUGUGCUCUCUCUACGCGCCCAUGUGCACCGACCAGGUCUCGACGCCCAUCCCCGCCUGCCGGCCCAUGUGCGAGCAGGCGCGCCUGCGCUGCGCGCCCAUCAUGGAGCAGUUCAACUUCGGCUGGCCGGACUCGCUGGACUGCGCCCGGCUGCCUACGCGCAACGACCCGCACGCGCUCUGCAUGGAGGCUCCCGAGAACGCCACGGCCGGCCCCGCAGAGCCCCACAAGGGCCUGGGCAUGCUGCCCGUGGCGCCUCGGCCCGCGCGGCCCCCCGGCGAUGCCGUCCCGGGCCAGGGUGGUGGCGGCGGUACCUGCGAGAACCCGGAGAAGUUCCAGUAUGUGGAGAAGAGUCGCUCCUGCGCGCCGCGCUGCGGGCCCGGCAUCGAGGUGUUCUGGUCGCGGCGCGACAAGAACUUCGCGCUCGUUUGGAUGGCCGUGUGGUCGGCGCUGUGCUUCUUCUCCACGGCCUUCACCGUGCUCACCUUCCUGCUGGAGCCUCAGCGCUUCCAGUACCCCGAGCGCCCCAUCAUCUUUCUCUCCAUGUGCUAUAACGUCUACUCGCUGGCCUUUCUCAUCCGUGCCGUGGCGGGUGCCCAGAGCGUGGCCUGCGACCAAGAGGCGGGUGUGCUCUACGUGAUCCAGGAGGGCCUGGAGAACACGGGCUGCACGCUGGUCUUCCUGCUGCUCUACUACUUCGGCAUGGCCAGCUCGCUGUGGUGGGUGGUGCUGACCCUCACCUGGUUCCUGGCGGCUGGCAAGAAAUGGGGCCAUGAGGCCAUUGAGGCCCAUGGCAGCUACUUUCACAUGGCGGCCUGGGGCCUACCAGCCCUCAAGACCAUCGUUAUCCUGACCCUGCGCAAGGUGGCCGGGGAUGAGCUGACUGGGCUCUGCUACGUGGCCAGCAUGGAUGCGGCUGCGCUCACUGGCUUCGUGCUGGUGCCCCUCUCCUGCUACCUGGUGCUGGGCACCAGCUUCCUCCUGACUGGCUUUGUGGCCCUCUUCCACAUCCGCAAGAUCAUGAAGACAGGCGGCACCAACACAGAGAAGCUGGAGAAGCUCAUGGUCAAGAUUGGAGUCUUCUCCAUCCUUUACACAGUGCCCGCUACCUGCGUCAUCGUGUGCUACGUCUAUGAGCGCCUCAACAUGGACUUCUGGCGCCUUCGAGCCACAGAGCAACCCUGCUCAGUGGCCACCAUACCUGGUGGCCGGAGGGACUGCUCAUUGCAAGGAGGCUCAGUGCCCACCGUGGCUGUCUUCAUGCUCAAAAUCUUCAUGUCGCUUGUGGUGGGUAUCACCAGCGGCGUUUGGGUAUGGAGCUCCAAGACUUUCCAGAGCUGGCAGAGCCUGUGCCACCGCAAGAUGGCAGCUGGCCGGGCCCGUGCAAAGGCCUGUCGGGUCCCGGGGGGCUAUGGCCGUGGCACCCACUGUCACUAUAAGACCCCCACAGUGGUCUUGCACAUGACUAAGACAGACCCUUCGCUGGAGAACCCCACACACCUCUAGGGACACAGGCCUGCCCGGGGCGGCUGUUGCCCCUUCCCAGCCCCCCUCUGGAGGAGACAGCUGACUAGCAGCUGCCCAGCUGUCAAGGUCAGACAAGUGAGUGUGAGGGGACCAGGACCGGGGUGGGGAGUCUCUCCUUCAACCUCGCUUGUCAGGACCCAGUGAGGCCCACUCCCUUACCGCCUAGUGCAGGGGCUGGGCCUGGCUGAGUCCCCCCAGGGGUCGCUGGGAGCUUGUGGAGGGGAGGAGUGGCAGAAGGGGGUGUGGCCCAGCAGGGAGUUUAUUUAAUGAUGUAAUUUAUUGUUGAGUUUCUCUGGAAGCUGUGACUGAAAUAAACCCCGUGUGACA